CAGCUGUUUCGUCUGAAUUAAGCAGUCGUUCUCUCAACUCGGUACACAACUAUCAGCAAAACCACCUAGUACUUUUUCAGUACUGGAGCUUGCCGUGCACAAACUGUCUGCCAUGUUUUCUACAUUACAAAAGUGACCAGAUUUCAAAGGCACUUCAUUGACUGUGAAGCACUUUGAGACAUCUUGCAGCCAUGAAAAGCAAAAAAUAUGAAGUCCCUGAGAAACUUAGGGCAUCAAAUCUCACGCUUGCCGUAUGUUAAAAGUCAUAGGAAAUGCAAACACGAGUGGUGGAAAGGACCACUUGUUUUCCUAAUACUCACGACCAUUUGCCUGACGACCUUUGCAGUUGUUCAAUCAGUGCGCAAGCUAAUGGAGAAUUCCUCAGGUGGAGAAAAAGCUUGGGAAGGCCUGCAUAGUGCAACUUGUGAUGACCCCUGUAGUUUUGUUGUCGCAGAGAGUGUCCCAGAUGGUUUAGUCUAUGAUGAAAAUGCUACAAAAUAUGAAUCGACAUACAACUCUUGGUUAAAGCUAAUCAAUAUAGCAAACAGCAGUCUGGACAUUGCCUCCUUUUAUUGGACUCUUACUGGGCAUGAUAUAAAUGUGACUGAUCCCACCUCCAAGCCUGGUGAAAUCCUGCUUCAAGAGUUGGGGAAAUUGCCAUUAAAGAAUGUUAGUGUGCGCAUUGCAUCAAGUACACUUUCUUUUCCACAUCAACAUUCCACUGACCUCAAAAUUCUGAAAGAGAAAGGAAUCCAUAUAAGGAAAGUGAAUUUUCAAAAAUUAAUGAAUGGUGUGCUUCACACAAAACUCUGGAUUGUCGAUAAGAAACAUAUAUAUAUUGGCAGUGCUAACAUGGAUUGGAGAGCAUUAACUCAGGUGAAAGAGUUGGGUGCUGUGGUUUACAACUGCAGUUGCCUUGCCAAUGAUUUCUCCAAAAUCUUUGAAGCUUACUGGAACCUUGGACUGCCCAAUGCCACCAUUCCCUCACCAUGGCCAUCUUUUUAUUCAACAAAUUUUAAUAAAGAAACACCUCUUGAAGUUAAACUGAAUGGAACUGCUGCAAAAAUGUACUUUUCAAGCUCACCUGCCAGGAUGUGCCCAAAGGGUCGAACUAGUGACCUUGAUGCUAUUAUCAAUGGCAUCAAUACUGCAAAGGAGUUUCUCUAUGUUUCUGUCAUGGAAUAUUUUCCAACAUCACGUUUUCUACAACAUGUAAUAUAUUGGCCGUAUAUUGAUGACUCACUGAGAAAAGCAGCUAUUGAACGUCAUGUUCACAUUCAAAUGUUGAUUGGUUACUGGAAACAUACCGAUAAAUCCAUGUUGGCUUACCUUCGGUCACUGCAAGCUCUAGGAAAUAUCAAGAAAGUCCAUUUUGAUGUGAAACUGUUCAUCGUUCCUGUGGGAAAGUUUCGUAAUAUUCCUUAUGCAAGGGUGUGUCACACCAAAUACUUUGUAACAGAAAAUGUUGCCUAUAUAGGUACUUCAAAUUGGUCUUAUGACUACUUCAACUCUACGACUGGAGUGGGCCUGCUCAUUAAUCAGACCGCAGAGAAUAAUGAAGAGGCUGGUGAUACAGCUCACCAUCAGCUAAAGAGGCUGUUUCAAAGAGAUUGGAAUUCCAACUAUUCUGUGACCUUGGAUGAUCUGAAAGAUAAUUCCAAUUUUCCAUUUAAAAUUAAUGGGCUAUAAUGAUGCUUUGUAGGUGCCUUGCAGAAAAAGAAAUCCUCUUAACCCCCACAAUCACACUUACUAGUUAUGUCUGCAGGAAUUUUGUUGGACGUUAGAGGAAGAAAGGGAUUAAAAGUAAACCAUUAGAUUAUUGAAAGUCCGCUGCCGCUAGCAGGUAUAUUUCCCUGCAAUAUGCAUAAAUACAAGCUAAGCUGUUAAUGUCAUUUUGAAUAUUGGGAAUAAAAUAACAUCGCUUUUCUAGUUAGUGCAAACACACUGUAAAUUAAACUUCAUGGCCAGAACUAAUACAUUUCUUUAAGCCCACACUGAUGGGAAGUUAUGAAUGAAACAAUAAAUCAUUCUGUAAUGUCAGGACACAACCUAAGGUUGUAUUCACUUAUAUAUGCUAUAAUGUAGCAGUAAAACGGUCUCCACUUUGCUGCAAUGCUUGAAAAUGUUGUGUGACACUAAUAACCACAUUUGACAUCACAUUGGAGACACAUCUCCAAACCCCCAGCACAUCUCACCUGCAAUCUGAAGGUGAUCAGCAGUUUGAGUUCAGGAAGAGACGGGGAGCAAUUGAAACAUUAUAAUAUCACCAAGUGGCGACCUCAUCAUUUAGCCAAACUCAUCCCGGCUGCCGGAUAUUUAUUCAUGAAUAUGCCAUUUGGUCCAAAGAAUUUUGAAGCAGUUUCCUUUCAUUACUUGCUGUCACUUUACAUGUGUUGUGCCUUCUGGUGAACAUACUCCAUGUAUUGUAAUGGCAGGAUGUGAGAGUAUUAAAUUUGCCAUGCAGCAGCUCCACACUGUAAAAUACACCAAACUCAGUUAGAUUAUGUAUUUCCCUACGGAACAACAAUUGCCGCACUUCAUUGACUGUAAUGUGCUGUUUCCUGUAUUUUGUAAAUUUAUAUACAUUAAAUUAUAUCUAUCAUCCCUUAGGCUGUAUAGUUAACACAGCAUGGGCCUUUAGAACACUACUAAACACUCUCUUAGUAGUCAUAUGGCCACAUAGGCGAAUUUCAUAUUACUACUAUAAUACUACCCUUUAAAGAAAUUAUUUGAAAAUAUACAUUAUGCAUCUAAUUAACACAGGUACAAGCACACAUUAGGUAAAGAUUAACUAUCAUAGCCAUGACAUAAAAUUGAACUGAAUUAGAAACAAAUGUGGAACAGCUUAUUCCAUUUCACCCUCCAGAAUGAGCGCUGGAAGACCCACUGCUCACAUAUGUUAGAUACAGGGACAAAUUCUUAUAAAGGCAAUUUUUAAUGAGCUGUUUAAAAAGGAAAUUCUAUAAGUCCUAAUCUUUUUGUUUGGUAUAAAAUGCAUUGAAAAAUGUUUCAAUGUAGGUGUUGCCAAAGGCUAAUUUGAUGAAUGCACUGCAUGAUAAAGCAAUUCUGGCAUGUGCACCAGGAAAGUCUCAGCUUGUUUUCUUCAUCUGUGCUGCGUUAGCUAAUCUCAGUUUAGAUGGCAUCUUUAAGACCAAUACAAUUGACCUUAAUUUCUUUAGUUUAGCAAGAGAGAGAGAGAGAAUAAAAAACAAGUUCAAAUUGUCAUUCAGUGAUCCUGCACUGGAAAGUGCUCAUGUUUUCACCCUGGACAGAGACAGGAUUGAGUUCAGUUCUGUUACCCCCCACCAUUGAAUAAACCCUCCAGUGCUGACUGUCCAUGAUUAGGAAUGAAGAUUGACCACCCAGGUGAGGUAUAGAAGGGUUGUGGGUGCCUUUGGAGCCAUGGCACGAUGAACGUUAAGAGGAAAAAGGGGACACAAUGUGACAGUGCUGAUGUUGAAUGUACAGUUGUUCUCACACAACACUGCAAAUAAAAUUAAACAUUCAAGGA